AGGACACUUUCUGACAGCGUGUUGCAGAAGCAUCCUUAAACCGCACGUGCUUGAGGGUUGACCCGUUGAGACAUUUCUAAAAGCAAGAAGGGGGAAAAAAGAAAGCUUGAGCUACUUCCUGCAUGGAUCUUGUAGACAGAUGAAAGUAGCUUGGAUUAUAACUAUUUGGUGACGUAGCUAAGACAUUGACGACAUCCAUAUCCUAGACUGUGAAUUGUGGUAACCAGAAGAGAUGUUAGUCCACACAUAUUCGGCUAUGGACCGCGCCGACGGACUGACCGGCUCCUCGCCGAGUGGGCGACUGUCGCAACUCUCCUCGCUGAACCAGGCAGCUUACUCCUCGGCUCCCCCGCUCUGCCACACACCGGCCUCUGACUUCCAACCUCCGUACUUCCCCCCUCCAUACCCACAGUCUUCGCUCUCAUACUCCCAGAGCCAGGACUCUGCAUACUCUCACUUAUCGGACCCCUACAACUCCAUCAACUCCAUACAUCAGCAUCAGCAAGCGGCAUGGCACUCGCAGAGAUCGCGGUCGGACGAGGCGGGGCUAUUGUCACAGUCACACCGGGCUUUAAGCCUCGACCCCCGUCGGGAGUACCCCGGUGUACCCCGGCUUCUCCACGGACUCGGGGAGGGUGCCGCAGCUCUAGGAGACGGUCCUCUUGGAAUGCAUAUUGGACAUCACGGACUGGAGGACAUGCAGGUGGGUUUAUUUGGAAUGGAGGAGGGAUCAGCCUUGGGCAUCCUGGACCACUCCGUCAUUAAGAAAGUUCCCAUCCCCUCCAAGCUGAACGGCUCGUCCCUGUCUGCUCUCCACCUCAGUAAGGAUGGUCUAGGGAUUGGUUCCGUGUCCAACCCAGGGGAGGUGUUCUGCUCCGUCCCCGGCCGCCUCUCCCUCCUCAGCUCCACCUCCAAGUACAAGGUCACCGUGGGGGAGGUGCAGCGACGGCUGGCCCCGCCCGAGUGCCUGAACGCUUCCCUGUUGGGCGGAGUCCUGCGCAGGGCAAAGUCAAAGAAUGGUGGGCGCUGUCUGAGAGAGCGUCUGGAAAAGAUCGGGCUUAAUCUCCCCGCCGGGCGACGCAAGGCCGCCAACGUCACCCUCCUAACAGCUCUAGUCGAGGGUGAGGCGGUCCACCUGGCCCGUGACUUUGGGUACGUGUGCGAGACGGAGUUCCCUGCCAGAGCGACAGCAGAGUAUCUGUGUAGGCAGAGUGACCCCGAGCAGCUUCCCACACGACGCAGUAUGCUGCUGGCCACCAAGGAUAUCUGCAAGGAGUUCGUGGACCUGAUGUCCCAGGACCGCUCUCCUCUGGGGGCGAGUCGUCCCAACCCCUGUCUGGAGCACGGGGUCCAGAGCAAUCUCACCCACUUCAGCCUGCUCACCCACGGCUUCGGUACCCCCGCUAUCUGCGCCGCCCUCUCCGCCUUCCAGAGCUACCUGGUGGAGGCCAUCAAAAUGCUGGACAAGGACCAGGGGGGUGGCAAGGGCCACCACGAGAAGGAGAUGAAGCACCGCAAAUAGUUAAACCACGUCUUUGGAGGAGAAUGGAGAUUGGAGGUUGACGGACGGACGGAUUUCUCGAUUCCAUCUUCUCGUAGCCUCCUAUAUGAAGACAAUGACUGAGGUUUCUUUCUGAAAUUCCUGCUAUGGCCCGAUCCCUCACAGGAAAGGGCGUGGUAAUGUUUGUACUGUAUAUGUGUCGGCCACCUCACUCAAAGACGCAUGGACUUUUUCUUCUGGGCUGCUGGUUUUCUAGGCAGUGUCCAUUUCUAACUGCCAAUGACAUUUUCUGGAUGAGUUCUGGUUUUCUGUCCCUGUCUGACUGUCAAGAUGAUACCCCGACCUGCAUUCGUAGGAUCCCCCUCUACUUCCCAAAGAGAUACAACUAUUUAUCUCUAUGCUACUUCCCUUCAAGGUCUGUUUGACUGUCUGGACUUGGACCCGCUUUGACAACAUCUCGUCACAAGAGAUGAGCCAUAUCCAUUACAACCAACUUUCUCAGUUUUGCUUGUUCCUCAUCUGGACAUUGGAUACCGUCCAACUCCACCCCAUAGGAUGGGCAGUUUGUGUACUACGAUUCUAUGUGGGUGCUGCUGGGUAUUUUUGGGGGUGGGCAUGGGGGCGUGGUGUCAGAGGCAGCUAUGGUUUGUUUUUUUGUUGAAGGGGAGGGUAGGUGUGGGUAAAUUAAGAAAAAAAACGAAUCAUUUUGUACUUACUGUGUAUGUUUAUUAUUAAUGUUAUUACUGUUAUAAUUAUUGUAUUACGGCAUAAAUGUAAUAUAUUAUUAAAGAAUAACUGAUGCGGA